UUAGCUCCCCUUAAGAUGGCUCCGAACUUGGCUUCCUCUACUGGCAAAGAGAAACUGAUUACAGAUGAAGAAGAGGUCUUGCAAGCCGUUAUUCUGGCAGACAGCUUUAACAAGCGGUUUAAGCCGCUAACCACGCAUAAGCCUCGAUGUCUACUGCCAAUAUGUAAUGCUCCAUUGCUGGACUGGACGUUCGAAAGCCUUGCUCUAGCUGGUGUCCAAGAGAUCUUUGUAAUAUGUAGAUCGCAUGCAGAAUUGGUCAAGACUGCGAUAAAGAAUUCAAAGUGGUCUAAGCCCGGUACAGGCCUCAAGAUCGUCCCAAUUGUGACUGCCAAAGAGACGUUCACGCCAGGCGAUGCCAUGCGCGACAUAUACACACAUGGCAUCAUCACUUCAGAUUUCGUCCUUGUCACUGGUGACCUCGUGAGUAACAUACGUAUAGGUGAGGUUGUACGUCAGCAUAAGGAGCGGAGGAAAACAGACAAGGACGCUAUAAUGACGAUGGUAGUCAAACAGAGCGGCGUAAACCAUCGAACGCGUUCGAAAGGCGACUCUGCUGUGUUUGUUAUAGAUCCAGAGACAUCAGAGUGCCUGCACUAUGAGGCGGUGACUGGAUACCCACCGAAGAAAUACGCAAGCAUACCACGUGAACUUCUGAAUGAACACCCUGAGGUGGAGAUCCGGAAUGACUUAAUUGAUUGUUCGAUAGACAUAUGUUCUGUGGAGGUGCCGUCACUGUUCCAAGACAAUUUCGACUAUGGGGAUGUACGGAGGGAUUUCGUCCACGGUGUCCUUACGUCUGACCUACUCAUGAAAAAUAUCUAUUGCUACAUCGCCAAAGAAGGUUAUGCUGCCCGUGUCAGGGACACUCGGAGUUACGACUCCGUCAGCAAAGACAUUCUUUCAAGAUGGACAUUCCCUCUGGUGCCUGAUGAUAACCACCCUGGUGGCCACUCCUAUGAACAUCUGCGGGGAAACAAAUACAUCGCCAAGGAUAACUCUGUCACACUCUCCCGGACAUGCAAGAUUGGAAACAACACGCUGAUUGGCUCAAAAUCGCAGAUAGCUGAUAAUGCUCAGGUCACGGCAUCUGUUCUUGGUCAGGGAUGCACCGUUGGUGCGGGCAGUAUAGUCCGCAACUCUUAUCUCUUUGAUGGUGCGAUCAUCGGUCCGAACUGCGUCGUCGAGCACAGUAUAAUCGGGUCAGGCGUGCAAAUCAAGGAGCGCACUCGUGUAGAACGGGGAUGUCUGAUCGCUGAUGGUGUCAUUGUCGGUCCACAGGCGAGACUUGCGCCAUUUUCAAGAUUAUCCAAGCGGCGGCAGGACAAUGAUGAAGAGGAUGAGGAUGAAGAAGAGGAUGAAGAAGGCGACGAGGGCAACGAAGACGACGACGAAGAUGAGGUCGACUCAGAGCUAGAAGACGUAGAAGCAAACCAAGAUCCCGAAGCUCUUGCAAAGCUUGGUUCUGGAACUAAUGCGAUAAUCUGGCCACCUCCAACUGUUGACGAGGACGAGGAUAUUGAUGAACUGGAGCAUCCUGAUAACCAGCGCUUGAUGCGAAUAGGUGACAACGCAUCAGAUCUUGUUCUCUCGGAUCCUGGCUCUGUCACUGAGUCAGAGUCAGAGUCUGAAUCUGAUUCUGACGAUGAUGACGAACGCUUUGGCGGUUCCAACCCCGCUUCUUCGACUACUUCACUUCCACUCAGCACGCCUUCGAAUCUGGUUGCACAGGCGGACUCGGCAAUGAUAUCAGAAUUUCAGCAGGAAGUCAAGCAAUCGCUCGAUCGUGCAUUCGCCGAAGGUCAUUCUGUCGAUAACGCUGCUGUGGAACUGAAGACGCUGCGUAUGGCAAGCAACGUACCUCUUCGCUUGGUGCGGGAGGCCGUAAUCGCGGCUGUUGUAAGCCGUAUCAAAAUCACGGUGGGCGGAGCUAUUCCGCAACGGAAGGAGAUUACUAGUAUGAUCGCUCGAUGGGGAGGGCUGAUUGACAAAAUUGGAGGUGUAGAUGCGGUGGAAACUGUUGAGAUCCUUCAGGAAUGCUGCGCUUCAUCAGAUCGCUUGCCCCUGUUUGGCCAGAUCCUUGCUGCUCUCUAUCAGGACGACAUAGUCGACGAGGAUGACAUCCGUGCAUGGCAUGCAAAUUCCAAGUCUCAAGGCCAGUGCGUUAAACCUGCGUCACUGCAAGACAACUACAAGAAAUGCUGGGUCACUGGAGCCCAUAUGAUAAAACAGUUUGAUGAGCAGGACAGCGAUGAAGAAUCGGAGGAAGAUGCUGACGAUGACAGUGAAUCGAGGGAAGGGAAUCCUGCUGUCCAAAAUGCAGUCACACAGGAGCUUUCUUCGAUAGGUGCAACUUCUUCGGAAGAGGAUUCAAGCGUCGAAGCCUCAAACGAAGAGGAUGACGAGGAUAACACUGAUGAGGAUGACAGUGAAUAAUAUAACUUUUUCUUGUAAUCCUGUGGAACGAUAGAAGGGAUUGAAAUCUAUUGCGAGGUUGCAACUUCCUGUUAGCUCAUUGCAACAAUAGUACUGGUAAUGUCAAUUGGGCU